CUGCACGCCUGGUGCUGGCGGGCAUCCCGCCGGUCUCUCCUCAACCACAGACCUCGCUCUCACUCUUCUUGUUCUUCUUCUCACCUUCCGCCGUGCCCGGAAAACGGGAGACCAAAAAAAGCGUUCAUUAAAUUCAAUUAAAUCAAUUGGUUAAGUUAGGCCUUUUCGCUCUUCCCCGAAUUAAAUUAAAUGGCGACCCUCUCCCUCUCUUCCUCCUUAUCCCCUUCGCCUCGUUCCUUCCUGCCCUUCUCUUCUCCUCCACAACCCUCUACCCUCCCCAUCUCCCACCUUCGCCGCCGUCUCCUCCCGCCGGUGAUCCGGCGAACGGACUCGAUGGGCUCCGCUCCCUCCGCUGUCAGGGCUUCUCCCACGUCCGGCUUCGACUCGACCGCCGUCGACGCUCUCGGCGAUGUCAGCAUCCUCGUCGCGUCCACCGGGGAGUCCGUCUUAUUUAGGGAUCUGUGGGAUCAGAACGAGGGAAUGGCUGUGGUUGCACUUCUGAGGCAUUUUGGGUGUUUUUGCUGCUGGGAACUUGCUUCUGUUCUGAAAGAUGCAAAACCAAGAUUUGACUCAGCUGGUGUUAAACUAAUUGCAGUCGGUGUUGGCACUCCUGACAAAGCUCGUAUUCUUGCUGACCGGCUACCAUUUCCACUGGAUUGCCUCUAUGCAGACCCAGACCGCAAGGCAUAUGAUGUUUUGGGCCUAUAUCAUGGUAUUUUUCAGGCAUAUGAUGUUUUGGGCCUAUAUUAUGGUUUGAGACGUACCUUUUUCAAUCCAGCCAGUGCCAAAGUGUUUUCAAGAUUUGAUUCUCUCAAGAAAGCAGUAAGGAACUAUACAAUUACAGCCACUCCAGAUGAUAAGGCCAGUGUCUUACAACAGGGUGGUAUGUUUGUAUUCAAAGGGAAGCAGUUGUUAUAUGCAAGAAAAGAUGAAGGGACAGGUGAUCAUGCACCUUUAGAUGAAAUCUUUGAUGUCUGCUGCAAGGUUCCAGUUGCAUGACUCUAGUUUGCUGAUUAUAAAUAUGUAUAGUUGGUUAUGAAGGACAAGUAAAUCGGAAGCCUAGUGGCAUGCUGAUUAUUUGCCUGUUGUUCCAUAAGCAUCGGCUUUAGGGCGAAAAGAAUGCAACAUCUUGGCAGCUGAUUAUAAAUACAUUAAGAUGGUUGGAGUUCUUGAUGGUGUUGCUUGUGAUGAAUAUUUUUAAGUAGAUUUGAAUUAUUGCUAGUGGGUACGAUGACUGCAAAAGCUUCAAUUUCCCAUAUGUAUUUUACUAAUGGUUCCUUUGUACGAACUUCAUAUGGGAACAUGCGAUGUUACAUUGGAGAGCAUUUACUUGUAAUGUGAGGUAUGAGGUCCUCUCUCUGUUUGUAAAAAGACACUGCCUGAACACUGGGAGAGGUGGUCUUUGUUGUGUUCAAUCGCUAUCUGGAGCAUGUAAAUAUGUGGAUUCUUACUAUUGUUUUAAGGCAGUGAUACUCGUAUAAGGUUACUUGUUGGUGAACUUUUGUAUUAAUAUUUUAUCUAUUUUAAUUC